AUGAAGCACCAUGGCGUAUCGGCCCUUGCCGACAAAGAAGUGUUGAACACUGAACUAUCAACCUGCUUCUGAAAACAAAGUGUUUCUAUUUGCAUUGGUGCUUACAUCUGCAGAUGUUGUUUAAGCAGAGAUGCUCCACAUCCUGCUGGCGUGCUUCCUGUCAUUCAAAAGAGCAAAGCAGCGUGGGUAGACCUUGUUUGGACUCUCAGCUGGGGGUGGGUGGACGAGUGCAGCCUAGUCCAAAGAUGACACUGUGGAAGGAAGGACGUUGUGGACCAAGUGAAAACAAGAGUCCAGCUUCAGUCUGGACCAUUUCCUGAUGUCUCAUCAGGGAUGGAAUGAAGGUGAACCUGGCAACCAAUGGGACACAUUAGUGUCAAAACUGGACUUUGAAGAGAACCAAAAAUUGUCCCAUACCCAAGUCACUACAGUCAUGUUGGCAGGCAAUGAUGCGUCUCUGCUAGGAUGCCUGACUGGUGGACACGACUCGGAGGAACGGUGAUGAUGGCGCCAUGGGGGCAUGGUCAUGAGGAGAGAGAGCGAGAGAGGGAGACCGUGGGCGGAGGGACAUCAUCAGACGGACAGAGAAGUGCAACCACAAGAAGACACAAAGUCAGCAGCUCACAGCUAAGCUUCGUCCAAUGUUUGUGAGGGAUGGAUGGCAUUAACUCCACCCGCUUCCCCACCAACCAAUCAGACGUCAGCAGCGUUUUCACACAUCAGGUGCUUCCAUCGCUCUAUUUCGUCAUCUGCGUGGUGGGCGUGCCCCUCAACGGCGUGGCCGCCUGGAUCUUCUUCCGUGUUCCCAGCGACUCAGCACUGGUGGUCUACCUGAAGAAUAUGGUGGUGGCUGACCUCCUCAUGCUGGCCACCUUCCCCUUCAGGGUGGCGGUCCAGCUGGGGCUGGGUGGGUGGCGCCUUCACGUGGUGGUGUGCCGCUACACCUCGGUGCUCUUCUAUUCGUCCAUGUAUGUGGGUAUCCUCUUCAUGGGCCUCAUCAGCCUGGAGCGCUACGUCAAGAUUGUGCGACAUGCCUCGGCCUCUUUCUUCCUGCAGAGUGUGAGCGUGGCCCGGAUCCUGGCGCUGCUCACCUGGAGCCUUCUCCUCCUUUGCGUUUUACCCAAUGCGGUGCUAACCAGCCAGCCAGCCGACGAGGGGAGCUCUCGGCACUGCAUGCUGCUGAAGAGCCCGCUGGGGGUCCAGUGGCACCAGGUGUCCACCCUCUUCAGCGUGGCACUGUUCUGGAUCACCCUGCUGGUUCUGGCCUUCUGCUACGCCUCCAUUGCCCGCCGGGUCUACCAGUCGUACCGCAGGGUGCACCGCGACAGUGCCGACGUGCGCCGCAAGUCCAACCGCAGCAUCUUCUGCAUCCUGGCUGUCUUCUUUGUGUGCUUCGUGCCCUAUCAUAUCUGCCGCAUCCCCUACACUCUGAGCCAGAUGCCCUCUUCUGGCUUCAGCCGAGCCUUGCGCUUCCUGCUGUUCCAGCUCAAGGAGGGAACACUCUUCCUGUCCGCCCUUAACGUCUGCCUCGACCCCAUCAUCUACUUCCUCAUGUGCCAAACAUUCAGAGAAUCCCUUCUCAGGAAGCUGUCCACAAGACAGAGACCCGCGUCUCUCACCACCGCCCCCAGCCUCAGCAAUAUUUAGGACCAUGCCGGGGGGGACAUGUGGUAGGAGAAGAUGUUAAUUAGAAAGAACAGUAACAAAGUAAUUGGACAGUUGAGUCAAAGUAAAGCGGGACAGUUUGUUGACGUGUGAUGAGGAAGUGGAGCACCAUGACGGCUGGCACAUCAAACCAGCAACACCAGACUGCUGACAAAAGUCACGCUCAUGUUGUCAUGUAGAAAGCACUUGGUUUGCUUUGGUGGCAGCUUGCUCACGAGUGUGAAAGCACACGUCAGCAUUUUAUUCUUACUAUUAAAA